CAAUGCGGCUACUGCAACGAGAUAACGCCAACAACUACACCCUCACGGCCGAUCUGCGCGCUGACGACAUCCCCCCCUACGCCAUCCUUUCCCACACCUGGGGCGCCGGCGAAGUCAUCUACAACGAUGUCAAAACGAGUUCAAAUGACUGGCAACAGAAAGCCGGCUACGAUAAGAUCAAAUUCUGCGCCGACCAGGCCAAGCGACAUGGCCUGCAGCAUUUCUGGGUAGAUACCUGUUGUAUCGACAAAUCUGACGCCGUCGAACUCCAGACGGCAAUCAACACUAUGUUCAGGUGGUACCGUGGCGCGAAACGAUGCUACGUGUUCCUGUCCGACGUCUCCUGUCCCCCGACCUCCAGUCAGCAGCGGGGAGUGAUAUCGGGGGAGGCUGCGUUACGAGGCAAGUAGGUGGUUCACGCGGGGCUGGACACUUCAAGCAAUAUGAUGGGCCUGGUGUCACGAUCCGGUCUCCGGGGGUCAAGCCGUCUGACCGGGCGCUGGGGUUUGUGUUCUGAGAAGGUAGGUAGAACCUGCGCAAUACUGACUCCGUGCUGUCGUGAUCUCUGGGGGUUGUCGUUCGUGUCUCUUGCGAGAUAUCACACUUGGAUCAAUUGAGUGACUAGGUCAGGUGA